CUAAGAUUCAAUAAAAGCCUUGACAAGUAAAUCCAUCGUUCGACUUCUCGUGAUACUGCGGAAGGUACCACAGUCACCGCGGAAGACAGAUAUGAUGAACAUCUGAACAAGAGCAGAACAUUGUAUUAGUGACUGAACCCAUGGUGGGCGUACGUUCUUAUUCCACUAUCGGAAUAGAAGGUUUCAUCUCGUCUCCGUCCGACUAUCAACCAUCAUCACACGCGGAAUCUCAUCUCUCACCGUCAUUGCCCUCCUGCGAGAUUGUAGGUGUAAUAAAAGAGAUACCAGAUGAUUUUAUUGUACGAGAGAUUCUACCUAAGGACAACGAGAUGAUUUCAAAAAUCAUAUCUCGUUCUAAGAAUACAUUGGAAACGCCAGGCGACCAACUGCGAAUUGCAAACAUGCACUCUAUGCCAACAAUAGUAUUGCCGUCCGAUUGCAACCAAUCGAAAGAAGCCAAAAAAGAUCACGUUGACCGGAGAACAGGAAAGGAAAGGAGACAAACGAACGGCCCACUAGAUGGAGAAAUGUAUGUUUCAUAUCCAACCGAGGAAAGUGUAGUUGCAACCACUCAGGGUGGUACCAGUCUCUCGCCCGAAAUAUCUUUGGAGAAAACAAUUCAGAGAUACUUGGAAAAAGUGGCCACGCCGGAUUAUUCAAAAUCAUCAUUGCUUAAAAAUAUCGAGGACUUAAACUUGAAAAGUAUCAGUCGGAUUCCUAUUAGUCGUUGCGAUACCGAAGCAAGAGCUACCGCAAACCAAGUAACUAUCAGUACAAWUGAGAGCAACGAAGUUUGGAUCCCUCCACUCCUUCCAUCGGUGACAGAUGGCACCAAAAAUUCCUCAGGAGCAUCAGCUGACACCAACGAUGCCACUACCAUGAACGUUGCUGAUGAAAAUGCAGAGAUGAGAGCUCAGAAAAAGGCUUUUCAUCGAGCUAUAAGAAUUAAAUAUCCCUUUCUUCAGACCGAGAGCAUUACGCAUUGCCACAAUGAUCACAAGGCACCAACUUUGCAAUCGAUAGAUGAUAAUAAAAGAGAUCGGAGCACUCACCAUUGGAUUAGGGUUACAGUUGAGGAGUGUUUUGACGAUUUAGUACAAUAUCUUCACAGCCCACGAAAUGAUUUGACGCAACUCUUACUCUUCCGAAACCGAGGCUUCGAGGGAGCAUCACCGCGCUCGAAAUCCAACAACAGGACCGACGUAAUUGCAGGUACACCAUCUGUCACUCUCCAGCUUCGACCGGGUAUAUCGAAGGACGAUCGGCGGAAAGUGCACCAUAUCUUAGCCACGAAGAACAAACAUUUUGAGUCGAGCGUCCGUCAUCAAGGAUCAAAAGAUAGAAAUUCUUCAAAAUCGGUGCAAAGCGCGAAACAAGAUGCAAGCGAAAACUCCCCUCCCGAACCUGUAGAAUCUGCUCCAAUUGACCUCAUAGUGACUUGGAAAAAGCAAGCGCUGAGGAAAGGAGUGAGAAAGAACAACAAACGAAAACGUUCCGAUGAUGGAAGGGGUAAGACCUCAAACUACAACAGCAACAAAAAUUUACUUUGUGUUUUGAAGAAGAUUAACAAAGAACACUUAACAGCAAUCCAGAUCUUAACAAAGAAGUUGAGAUGUCGACAAGCGGAUAUCGGCUUUGCCGGAAUAAAAGGUAAGAGAAAGUAAUUUGACGCACCGCAUUUUUGUUUGAAUCCCAACCUUAUCGCGACAGAUCUUUUCUUCUCUUCGUCAUUUUAAAAGAUAUGCAAGCAAUCACCUACCAAUUUAUAACUCUUCGUAAUACGACAGUGCAACGUGUCCAAAGAGAUAUUAAUCGGUUUCUGGCACCAGGGAAGAGCAACGUCGAGUUGAAAAUCUUGUGCUCAAACGUUGAUUUCUUUCUAAACGUUGGAGGGUUGGAGGGGAACCAAUUUGAAAUAGUGGUCCGGAACCUGAAACGGAUUAAAUUAGAUCGAAUAGAAGAAAAUGCUUGUAAUGGCAACGGUAUGAUAGAGCCAGCGAAGGAAUGUUUUAUUGAAUGCGACAAUGAACAUAUUGACCAAAUGGUCGAACGGAUCAGAGAGCACGGCUUCAUCAACUUUUAUGGAGAACAACGCGUAGGUGCACCGGGGGAUUCAAAUGAUGUUGGUGUUCGAGCAUUCGAGAUAGGCCAUUCUAUGCUACGCCAGGAUUUCAUGGGAGCGAUUAAAUUGCUCAUGGAGGGCACACGACAUCACGAGCAAGAUGAUGUAGCAAGGGUGCGCAAAGCGUGGAAAGAUAGCAAUGGAAAUCCUUCUAUAACACUGAAAGCCUUUCAGAGAGCUGAUAUUAUGCCACGCGAGAGGGCAGUACUCCGAGGAUUGAAUAGAUAUCCAGAUAACCCACUCGAAGCUAUUCGAUUUUUGAGCUACAACAUGAGAACUUUUUACAUAAAUGCUUACCAGUCGCUUAUUUUUAAUCGAGCUGCGUCGCAGAGAAUAAAAUUAUACGGAGACAAAGUUGUCAAGGGUGACUUGUACUUCGAACAUAAUGACAAUCGCCGAGACAGCGUUAAAGUUGUCCAAGGCAACGAGGUUCCGCCAAUUGGAAUAUCUCAGGUAGUCUUGCCUCUCCCUGGGUACAAUGUUCGUUAUCCACAACACGAGAUCGGUGAAUUGUAUCGAACUCUACUAGAAGAGGAUGGAGUCAAAUUUGAGAAGGAAUCAGUCCCUGAGGCGACGGCAAAAGGAGACUACCGCAAGCUCAUCAUACGUCCUGGGAAUCUAAUUGCCAAUAUCGAUGCUUCGGACCCAUCCUCCAAGAGCAUGAAGCUUUCAUUUGAUUUACCUAAGGGUUGCUACGCUACAAUGCUUCUGAGAGAACUCAUGAUGACAACUGUAGCUAGGUCCAAGAACUGAAGAAAAUAAUUUCCACAUUAAAGU